CAAUGACAUGUUACGCUUUGACGGCUACCACUGUGGAUAGUUUAGCCCCACCUCCUAUCGGAACCGCAGCAAAAAUAAAGAGAAGACCACUGUGGCUAUGUUAAGGACGCUGACUGUGUCACUGCUGCGGCCCCUCGGGCGGCCCUCUGCUGCUGCCCCUCGUGUUUCAGCUACGGGGACACGAUGCGCCUCUUCGGGCUCCGUGAACGUGUCAGUCCCGCUGAACUUUUGGGCUGGAAAGAGAAGAACGAGUCACGAGAAGCACACACAGGAAAACGUUUAUGAACCAGCUACAGGACAAGUCUUGUGCCUUUUGGAGUCAUGUGGUGCUGUUGAUGUCGAUCAGGCUGUGAAUGCUGCAAAGUCAGCUUUUGGCCACUGGAGCAAAAUGUCUGGGAUGGAGAGGGCGAGAAUCAUGAUAGAAGCAGCUCACAUCAUUGAGAGCAGGAGAGAGGAGAUAGCUGAAAUAGAGGUGGUUAACAAUGGGAAGUCCAUCACAGAGGCUCGUCUGGAUGUGGACUCUGGCAGACUGUGUAUAGAGUACUAUGCAGGGCUGGCUUGCACCCUGGCAGGUCAGCAUGUACAGUUGCCUGGAGGAUCUUUUGCCUACACUCGCAGGGAGCCUCUGGGAGUCUGUGCUGGCAUUGGUGCUUGGAAUUAUCCUUUUCAGAUUGCUGCCUGGAAAUCAGCUCCAGCCCUCGCCUGUGGGAACUCCAUGGUGUUCAAGCCAUCACCGGUGACACCUGUGACGGCGGUCAUGCUGGCAGAGAUCUACGCUAAGGCCGGAGCUCCAGAGGGACUGUUCAACGUAGUGCAGGGCAGCCAGGACACUGGGACUUUACUCUGCCAUCACCCUGAUGUGGCAAAGGUCUCUUUCACCGGGAGUGUCCCUACAGGCAAGAAGAUUAUGGAAAUGGCAUCUAAGGGGGUGAAACCAGUGACUUUGGAGCUUGGGGGGAAAUCUCCUCUGCUCAUAUUCGAGGACAGUGAUUUGGAGAAUGCUGUAAGAGGAGCUCUCAUGGCUAAUUUUCUGUCUCAAGGCCAGGUCUGUAGCAAUGGCACAAGGGUCUUUGUUCAGAAGGAUAUUCUGCCUGAGUUUGUGGAGGAGGUGGUGAAGAGGACGCAGGCGAUAGAAAUCGGAGACCCAUUAUUAGAUAGCACAAGAAUGGGAGCGCUGGUCAGCCAGCCACAUCUGGAAAAAGUUCUCUCCUUUGUGGACCAGGCAAAGAAAGAGGGAGCCACAGUGUUGUGUGGAGGUGAACCUUUUGUCCCUUCUGACCCCAAACUCAAAGAUGGAUACUUCAUGACUCCAUGUGUGUUGGGUGACUGCACAGAUGAGAUGACCUGUGUGAAGGAGGAGAUCUUUGGUCCAGUCAUGUCUGUGUUGUCCUUUGAAACGGAGGAGGAAGUGCUACAGAGAGCCAAUAACACAACCAUGGGUCUGGCUGCAGGAGUUUUCACCAGGGAUGUGAGACGAGCCCAUCGUGUGGUCGAACACCUUAAGGCUGGUUCCUGUUUCAUCAACAACUACAACAUCACUCCAGUUGAGGUGCCAUUUGGAGGCUUCAAAAUGUCAGGCAUAGGGCGGGAGAAUGGCCAGGUGACCAUUGAGUACUACACCCAGCUGAAGACUGUGUUUGUGGAGAUGGGCGAUGUAGACAGUCUCUUCUAGAAAACACACACAGAGAGAAUGAUGAAGCAGCAACUGAGCCAUAGACUGAAGCACUAGCAGAUGAUUUGUACCAGGACAUCUUCUCCACUCAGGGAAAACACCACCAGUGUUCAGAGGUGAAGAGACACAGGUCUGGAUCAAUGAGGCUCAUGUAGUCCAUCCUGGUGUGAGACACGUUUUUCAAUAUUUUGUGAACUGACUUAAAAUGUAACUUUGUUGUGGUAACUACCAAAAUGCAAAUAAAAAACUUUUGUAUCUGAAAAAAAAAAAAAUGUGAUCGCUUACAGGUACCUCUACCUAUAAAUUGCACUUUGUGUUGAUCAAUCACAUUUCAAUAAUUCUACUUAUUUUACAUAAUUUGCAACCGAAGAGUUAACAAUAACAUUUUAUUUCUUAGGCAAUACACAACAGUAUAUUAUGAACACAGACAGUGCUAAAAAAAUAAAGCCCUUUUGAACACUGUGUUGUCUGGUUUGUACAUUUCAUUGAAACACUUUACACCACAGCUUUGUGUACAUGUGAACAGUGAAAACAUUUUGUCUUUGUAAGUAAAUUACUAAAGGAACUUCUUAAACACAUUUGCUUAUGUGUGACAUGAACAUUGUAUAUUUUACAAUAAAAUGGCAACAUGUGUACAAACUGA